AUGGCGGUUUCUCCGUCCGUCGCCACCACUCCGGCUUCUCUUUACGUCGGAGAUCUUCAUCCCGAUGUCUCCGACGCUCAGCUUCGUGAAGCGUUCUCCGAUUUCAGUUCUCUCGCUUCCGUUCGCAUUUGCAGAGACUCUUCCACCGGAAAAUCACUCUGUUAUGGCUACGUCAACUUCCUCUCUCCUCAAGACGCGAUUCGUGCAAUUGAGCUGAAGAAUCAUUCUAUCUUGAAUGGAAAAGCGAUAAGGGUGAUGUGGUCACGUCGUGAUCCUGAUGCAAGGAAAAGUAGUGUAGGGAACGUGUUUGUUAAGAAUUUAGCUGAAUCAAUAGAUAAUUCUGGACUAGAAGUUAUGUUUAAAAAGUAUGGGAAUAUUUUGUCGAGCAAAGUUGUCAUGUCCGAGGAUGGGAAGAGCAAAGGAUAUGGCUUUGUUCAAUUUGAAACAGAGGAGUCUGCAAAUACUGCUAUUGAGAAGCUGAAUGGCUCUACUAUCGAUAAUAAGCAGAUAUAUGUUGGGAAAUUUGUCAAGAAAAGUGACCGCGUAAUGUCUGGCCCUGAUGCUGGAUAUACAAACCUGUACAUGAAGAAUUUGGACUUAGAUAUUACAGAAACACUUCUGCAGGAAAAGUUUUCCUCUUUUGGGAAAAUCAUUAGCUUGGCUGUUGCAAAGAACAACAAUGGGAUGUCAAAGGGUUUUGGCUUUGUGAACUUCGAUAAACCAGAUGAUGCUAAAAGGGCAAUGGAAGCAAUGAAUGGAUUGCAACUUGGUUCAAAGAUUCUGUAUGUAUCCAGGGCACAGAAGAAGGCUGAGCGUGAGCAGAUCUUGCAUCAGCAAUUUGAAGAGAAACGAAAGGAGCAAGUCUUGAAAUAUACGGGCUCAAACAUUUAUGUGAAGAAUAUAGAUGACACUGUAAGUGAUGAAGGACUGAGGGAUCAUUUUUGUGCAUGCGGCACUAUAACUUCUGCAAAAGUUAUGCGAGAUGACAAAGGGAUAAGCAAAGGAUUUGGUUUUGUGUGCUUUUCCACUCCUGAGGAAGCAAAUAAGGCUGUGAACACUUUUCAUGGAUUCAUGUUCCAUGGUAAGCCCCUAUAUGUUGCUCUUGCUCAGAAGAAAGAGGUCAGACAGGCACAGUUGCAACUCCACUACGCACAGCAAAUUGCAGGACUAGCUGGGCCAUCAACUGCCAUUGUCCCUGGGGGAUAUCCUCCUUUCUACUACACAGCUACUGGUGUUGUUUCACAUGCUCCUCCUCGGGGUGGGCUACUGUAUCAGCCUAUGCCAUUGAGGCAAGGAUUAAGGGCUAAUGGCUCUGCACCACCUGCUAGAUCAUUCCAACAGUCAUCUGCACCUGUUGUUUCUAACAAUACUAGGCAGCAUAGGCAGAAUAGGGGCAGGAUGAGUGGCCAUGCAGUAUCACAGGGAAAGACUCACUCUGGUACAUUUAUGCCACAAGCCCAGCAGGCUUCUCAGUCAGCGAUAUCUUCAAGAGAGACAAGUAGUCAGCAGAAAACCAGACAGGCAAAGUAUGUACCUAGUGGACGCCCCCAUGAGGUGGAAAAAGGAUCUGGAUUCUCAUCUGGUGGUUCAAACUCUGGUAGAGGCUUACAAGUAUCAGAAAUGCUCCAUCUCAUGGUUGCUAAUGCUACUCCAGAGCAGCAGAAAGAGAUACUUGGUGAGCAUCUAUACAUGCUUGUCCAGAAAAUCAAGCCUAACCUGGCAGCAAAGAUUACUGGCAUGCUACUGGAGAUGGACAGUGCUAAACUGCUGGUUCUCAUGGAAUCACCAGAGUCUCUUUCUGCCAAGGUAGAAGAAGCUUUCCAACUGCUGAAGAACUCUAAAGCUAAAGUUUCUGGACAAGAUGUACUUCAUUCGAAUUUCCUUUCAUCUGAGGUUGCGGUGAACUGA